AUGGUAGUCCCAAUUGCCUAUUCUGCUGCGUCAGCUGCUGACUUAGAAGCCAUUCAAAUUAACAAGUUUAAGCGUGGAGGUUUAGCGAUUGGCUUGCGCAAUUCGCACAGGAUAGCUGAUAGAAUUACAAUCUCGACAUUCAUCAAUGCAUGGGCUACAACAUUCCGAGAAGGUGGGAUUAGUGAUCAAGUUCCUCGUCCAAGAUUUUAUUGCUCAUUUCUCUUCCCACAAAGAGAUUUACGUCUCAAUCUUCCACCAGCACCAAAAGUUCAUUCGAAGAUUGUCACAAAAGUAUUUGUGAUUAACAAGGAAGCCAUAGACAAUCUGAAAUCUAAAAUUUGUGGUGGUAGCGAUUCAGGGGUCAAGUACCAUCCGUCGCGCUUGAAGGUGGUCACAACACUUGUAUGGAAGGCUCUCAUUGGUUCGGCUAAAGCACAGCGCGGACACCUGAGGGCAUCUUCACUUCUUCAGAUAAUGACUUUAAGAGGAAAGGUGAGUAUGCCUUUACCUGAAAAUGCUUGUGGAAACAUGUAUAAGCCUUUCAUUUCUAGAUUCAAUACAUAUGAUAAGAACAAUAAGUUAGAGUUAACUGUCAUUGUGAGUCUGCUGAGGGAUGCUAAGAGGAAAGCCAUUUCAGAUUGA